AUGGCGAUUGGCACUGAAGAAGAUAAUACAACAACUCGUACAUCAGCUACUGGUUCUGGUUCGUCAUGUCCUUCUAUAGAUCACAAUCACCCCCGGUACCUACAACCAAUGGACACACCAGGUAGUUCUCUAGUCUCUAUUCAGUUGACUGGAUCUGAUAACUAUGCCUUGUGGAGUCGUGCUAUGCGAAUUGGUCUGUUAGGUAAAAGUAAGUUAGGUUUUGUUGAUGGAAGGUUUCCAAAGUCUAAAUUCGAACCAGAACUUCAUGAUCUGUGGGAAAAGGUCAAUGCUGUUGUGUUGUCAUGGAUAAUGAAUGCAGUGAGACCUGGUCUGUUGAGUAGUGUUCUAUAUGCAUGUAGUGCUCAUAAGGUGUGGGAAGAUCUAAAAGAAAGAUUCGACAAAGUGAAUAGCUCUAGAGUAUUGUUUCUUCAUAGAGAAAUGCACAAUUUGACUCAAGGAACCAUGACUGUAUCAGAUUACUUCUCAAAACUGAGAGAUUUAUGGGAUGAGUUUGAUGCUCUAAUGCCUUGCCCAGGGUGUCCAUGUCCUGAGUCCAAGCUAUAUGCUCAGCACUUUGAGGCUCAAAGACUGUUGCAGUUUCUUACUGGCUUGAAUGAUUCCUAUGCACAAUCCAGAAGUCAGAUUAUGAUGAUGACUCCAGUACCUACUAUCAACAAGGCUUAUUCACUUCUUGUUAAUCAAGAGAGUCAAAGAAAUCUAGCAAGCAUGGCCCAGGUUACACAGCUUGCAAAAGGUCUAGAGAGCACUGCCCUGUAUGGGAACAAAAGUUCAAAUGUCACCAGUGGAGUUUCAGCAGAGGAUGAGCACACCAGUUGUGAAAGUCAACUGAACACUGGGUCUUAUCGUGAAAAGGGAUUCACUUCAGCUAAUUCUGUACCACCACAAAUGACACAGACACAACCAUUCUUUACCCAGGAACAAUACCAGCAUAUUAUUCAAAUGCUUUACAAAGGAAGUGCAGAAGGUUCUGGCUCAUCUAGCAAGAUAGCUACUGCAGGUAUUCUAACUCAUGUGAAUGCAUUUGUGUCUCAGUGUAUCAAUAGUGAUUGGAUAAUUGAUACUGGAGCCUCAAAUCACAUGAUAUCUAGACUUGAGUUACUACAAAUACAUAAGUCACUUCCUACAACACAGAGAAAUAUAGUUCAUCUUCCUAAUGGUAAUGCAGUGCAAAUUUCACACAUAGGGAGUACAUCUGUGUUGGACAAUCAAAAGAUUUCUAAUGUGCUCUACAUUCCAGAUUUUAAGUUUAAUUUACUCUCAGUUUCACAACUCACCAAGGAACUAAAGCGUAUGGUAGGAUUCUUUCUUGACUUUUAUAUUUUUCAGGAUCUUUACAGUGGUCAGUUGCUGCUCCCUCUCUUGCAGGCUCAAGCUGCUUAUGGCACAAGAGAUUGGGACAUGCUCCCUUAG